AUGGUUGAGAAACUCUCGAGUGUCUUCACAGCUGCUGUACAAAUCCCGUUUCCACAGUUCAGCAGUACGAAAUGCCCAGAGGAUUUGAGUGUGCUAUAUUCGAAUCGAGCUGCUUGUUAUCUGAAGAUUGGAAACUGCAGCGAAUGUAUAAAAGAUUGCACUGUAUCAUUAGAGUUUGUUCCCUUCAUGUUGAAGCCCCUCCUGCGCCGUGCUGCUGCUUAUGAGACACUGGAGCAAUACUCACGGGCGUAUGUAGACUACAACACUGCAGUGCAGGUGGACUGCAGUGUCCAAGCUGCUCAGGAUGGUAUGAACAGAAUGAGAAAAUAUUUGAUUGACAAGGAUGGUAGUAGCUGGCGUGAGAAACUCCCUCCAGUGCCAUCGGUGCCCCUCUCAGCUCAGCGGAGAUGGGGUCCCAGCGCCCCUAGGAACACAGGAGAGCGAACAUGCAUGCCACAGAAUGCAGGAGACACCGGUUCCAAUAAAUCUCAGCAGGCCAAGUCUCUCAAGGAAGAAGGGAAUAUGUUGGUGAGAAAAGGAGAGCACAGGAAAGCAGUGGAUAAAUACAGUGCGAGUCUGAAGCUGGAUAACAAGGAGUUUACUACCUACACCAACAGAGCCCUGUGUCACCUGCAGCUGAAACAAUAUCCUGAAGCGAUGCAGGACUGUACAGCGGCAUUGGCUCUGGAUCCCAACAACGUGAAGGCAUUCUACCGACGGGCUGUAGCUCGCAAAGAGCUGAAGGAUUACACUGGCAGUGUUACUGAUCUUCAGGAGAUGCUGAAACGGGACCCCACCAACUUUCCUGGCCAACGCCUCUUGCAGGAAGUCCAGAUGUUUCUUAAAUAAAACCUUAUCCUCAUGGGCACUUCAGACUCAAACCUCUGAAACCAGAUCUCAAUAUAUCUGCAUGUGGGGGCUUGGGCAGGUUUCUAACCCCCCUCGUUUUGCAUUUUUCUUGCUUUUCAAGGGCUUUACAGGUCAUUCGUCUUGACACCAAAGAGCACUGUGUGAAAAUAUGAGUCAAACUGUCCACAGCUCAAUUUACGUUUGAUACCUACACACAACAUCAAUUCCUGCACUCUGCCAUCCCUCUUUAGUUAUUGACUUAUCAAUAGGAUCCUCUGCCUCAAUUAAUCUCUGCAGAUUGCAUAACUCCAAUUUAAUAUAUAUGAGAGUACAAUAAUCAUCUUGCUGUGGAGGAAUUUGGUGUGCGUUGUGUGAUAUUUUUAGGGUAGUCCAUUUUAUGGUAGCUGUGUUUGCAAGCUUGCACUUUUAAUCUUUUCAGUCACGUCAUUGCUUCGUUCUGUGUCAAAAUCAACAAUGUUGCAUCUGACCCCCAUUAUGUCCUCACGUCUCCCAUAAACCCACACUCUCCAUUUCAGAUGAGGUUAAGUAACCUGAAUACCACUUUGAGUUUUAUUAACUUGAUACCAAGCACUGAAACCUCUGACUGUGUUUAAAGGAACGUUUUAUGGGGUUACUGUUAGGGGUAGGUAAGAGUGCAGGGGAAAGAGAGACCAGGCUGAGGACAGUCUCUUAACUUGCUUCAAGGCUGUUCACUUUGCUUUGCAGUACUACUUCCUCCUCAUCUUGAAAAACCCCUUCAACUCGAUGCUUUGCAUGGUUGCUGUCAACACUCAAGUUGACUCUGCACUGAGACACUUCCUAAUCAAGAAACAAUACUUAUAACUUGAAUCAAGCAUGUAUACUUAAAAAUAUCAGCAACUUUGCUUAAGUGUAGAACGAGGAGAUCAUUGUUCCUUAAUUUUGAGAAUAUGACUGAACUUAACUAUCCACCUUUACCCUAUAUUCCUUCAUGCUUUUGGAUUGCAAUUAAAUAUAAAAAUCAAUAAUAGCUAACAUCAACCACUGUUCAUAGUUGAGUUCCAAACUUCUGUCAUUCCUUUGCCCAGAAGGGUUGUUUCUGACAGAAACCAAUUUUUAAAAUCAGAAACCCAACUGUAGGUGCCAUGGAGGACUAGGAAACACUAACAUUACUGUCCACAAGUUGAGAAUGUGGGAAUUACUGAGAAACUUAACUGGUUUAACUUUAUUCCAUACUAGUAAAACUGUAUAAAACCAGAAUUAAGUUACUUUAUUUUGAAUGGCCAGAGACACUCUAGCCCAUAGUUAGAUGGCUAUAAUAACAAUAGAUUCAUGAAUGAUACUUAAAGGGCAAAAGUUCCCCAA